CGUGCCCCCCCCGAGAGCGGCAGCGCCGCGGCGCCGCGGCGAGGCCGCCGCCUGCCGCGAUGUGCCGCGGCCGGCGCCCUCCGCGCAACGAAGCGCCCCGCUGACCGGCCGAGGCACCACCAUGCGGCCCCGCUGCGCGGGCGGCGGCGCGGCCGAGACCCUGCUCGACGCGGCACGCCAGGCCCCGGCGCCGUCGGCGCUGUCGCUCAGCACCUGGGGCACCCUGGGCGCGCGGGACGCGGCGAGCGCCUGCAGCACCAGCGAGACGCUGGGCGGCGCGCCCGCGGCGAAGCUCCAGGCGGGCGGCUCCUACUUCGAGGCCGCGGCGGGGACGGCGAGGCCGUACCUGCCCGCGCCCUCGGAGCGCGGCGCGGCGGACGCGCUGGAGUUCCUUCGGGAGCCCCCUCGGGACGUGGGCCGGGAGCCGGGCGGGCCCCCCGUGUCGGAGCGCGGCAACGGAGGAGGCGCGCCCCCGGGCCCGCGCCGGGAGCCGCCGCGGGAGCCGCUGCGGAUGCUGGAUCUUGAGCGGGCGGAGGCGCUGGCCGAUGAGGAGGGGUGGGCCGACGGGGAGCCAGGCGGCGGCUCCGGAGAGCGUGAGCCGCUGCUGCGGGGGCCGCAGGGCCAGGCUUCCUCGAAGUGCCAGGCAGCGCGCGCGCAGCUCGAGUCGACGUCCGCGGCGGCCCUGGCGUGCCUCGCGCUGUUCGUCGGCAUGCUCAUGUGGAGGCUGCAGACCGACGAGACUCGGAGGCUGCCCCUGAUCGUCGACUUCGUUCCCCUGUUCGCCCUGCCCUGUCUGGUCUACCUGCUGGCCGUGCACUUCGUGGUGCGCCACGUCUCCCCGAAGGCCGCUCUGGCGCGGUGGGUCGUGCUCGCCGCCGGCUUCGUCCUCGCGAUCGCCCUCCAGGCGCUGUCCAUCUGCGUCUUCCUGAGGGCCACCGACGCGGUGGGGUGCUCGUGGGUCGCCGCGCUCACCCCCCUCUGGGCCACGCUGGCCUUCCUGCAGCUGCUCCUCUGCUUCCUCGUUCCCGGCUUCAUGCUCUCCCGCGCGCUGGAGCACCUCGCCGUGGCCCUCGCGGCGCUCUGGGCCUCGGCGCUGUCCCUGCUGCUGGCCGCCCUGAAGCUCGACGGCCAGGCCGAGGUCGCGUGGUGGGCCGCCCUGCUGCCGCUGGGCUUCGUGCUCAGCUCGCGGAUGGCCGUCCGCUCGCUGGAAGGCAGCCCUGGGGCCGCGCUGCCGGACGCCGCGGGACUCAUUGCCGCCGCGAACCUGGCAUUGAGGCAGGACGGCGUCGUGGAGCUGCCCUGGGCGGCGGUGCUGCUCCCCGUCCUCGCGCUGCUGUGCCACGCCGCGCGGUGCUCCGCUGCCGCGGGCCGCGCGCGGGCCUGCCACGGUGCGCUCUGAGGCGCGGCGCGCGGGGCGCGCGCGGGGCCGCCGCACCCGGGAGCCCUUGUCCUCCUCCUCCUCCCUCCCUCCCUCCCUCCCUCCCUCCGAAGCGCGCGCCAGAAAGGCGCCUAGCCCUUGGCGCUGCUCGCGCAGAGCGGGAGCGGGGCCCCUGCCCCAGCCGCC